AUGUCUCCCCCCACCAUCACCACUAAGUCCCUCCUCCCUAUCUUCCUCCUCACCACCUUCACCUUCACCCUCACCUCAGCCACCCUCCUCGCCACCACCACCCCCAUGGCAAUGACCAUGCCCAUGACCCCCCUCCUCACCAUGCUCCUCACCACCAUCACUACUACUUACGCCCUCCCCACCCUCAUCUCCGACAAAACCACCAUCGCCGCCGCCCCCGCCGAUGCCAUCAUCUCGGCCAUCCACACCCUCGCGACCGACUACACCACCCUCUACAGCGACGUGAAAGCCAUCACCGCCACCGAACAGGAGUACAACACCGCCUUGGCUGCCGAAUCCGUCGUCGAGCAUGAUAUCAGACACGUCAUUGAAGCCGCCGCCUCCGCCGAGCCGCUCAACGCAGACAGCAGCAAGAAGGUCCUGGAGGCGACUGAGUUGCCGUAUCCUGAUUUUAUGAGCGAUUUGUUGGGGGCAUUUAAGGGGAAGGCUGAGACCGUCGCCACCCUCGGAAAAACCUACGAGGUGCGCCGCAUCCUCGAGAAUCUGAACCAUCUCUCGGAUAGCCUUGUCGUUGCGCUGCAGAAUAAGGUGGUUAAGGAGGAUGUGGACUCUCUUGCUGCGGGACGCAAGUGGGUCGACCAGUUGUUUUCUGAUACUAUCCAUGCAUUUGGCUCUUGA